AUGCGGGUCCGACUACCACCCUCGGUCAUCUCCCAGAUCGAAUCUCACAUACGACCAGAACUCCCACCGGUCUUCACUCUCUCGUCCAUCCUUCAGCAACAGCGAUACCCACAAGCAUUUCCUCAACCACCUUCAGGUGCUCGUAAAUCGAAAAAGCCAUAUACCCUCGCCACUGGGGACUAUGGUCUUCUGCCCUGUCCCGAGAGUCAACCGACGUCGUUCUCUCCUUCUUACCUAUUCCGAACUUCCAGUACCUCCCAUCUCGCUACAGCACAUCAACAUCUUUCGUCACAGGCAUUCGACCCAUCGUCCCCUCAAUCUCUUCUCAAUAGACAGGUGACAUACUCGAAAUUGAUCUCUGCAUUUGUAGAUCAUCCGAAAGGUUUAGAAGCAAUAGUGUCUCUGGUGGAUCGAUCAUUAAAUGAAAAAGUCCCUGUAUCCAUCUCUACCUUAACAUCAAUAUUAAAAUGCAGUAUAUCAUCCGAAGAUAUAACAUCCAGAACAUCAAUAAUCAAUAAAAUACUACCGAUACUACCUGAAAAAUUGGAUAUACCUUUAUUGGAUGUAUUGUUAAGAGCCGUCAUGAAAGAUAUCAAUCCUGAGAUUGGUGUGGUGGAACAGAUGAUCAGCGAUUGUUUAUCCUUAGAAUGCAGUGAUAACACCAGCACAGGUAAAAUGGGAAAGGAACAAUGGCCAUUGGAAAUUUGGGAUCUGUUAUUUACGUCCCACUCUCAACGAUCAGAUAUAAAGCAAUCCAUGAAUCUGUUAGAACGGUUCAGACAAAUCGUACUCCGCAAAAUCGACACCUCACCUUGCUCAUCGACAGUACUCAUCUCAGAAGUCCUAGAUGAAAAAGAUCGACAUGCAAUAUGUAAAGUAUACACUACCGUCCUCAACACAUGGAGAAGAUCCAAUGACAUAUACAAGAUCCAAUCGACCUUUCCUAGAAAUUUAGCUAUGGAUUUGGUAGAUUUGAUUGGAGAAGGACAUAAACCCUCUGUGGGAUUUUUGAACAGUUGGAUGAAAGCUGAACGUCAAACUGGCGAUAUAAAUGCUUCAAGGAGAGUAUGGAAUUUGAUCGAAUCCAAGGUGCUAGAAGAUGAGUUACCAAAUAAUGAUUCUUGGAUUGCCCUCUUCCAACUUUACUCAACUCCCGGUAAAUCCUCCUCUGUAAAAUCAAUACCGCCAAUAAGAACUUCCAUUAAGAGGUUAUUGAACCAAGUCAAGCAAUAUCCAAAAGUAACUUUGAUCAAUGCUCUCACGAUCAACACGAUCUUAAAAUCAACAUUAUCUUCCGACCUGCCAUUAAGUUUAUACGUAUUGCGACAAAUGAGGAAAUGGGGUAUAACACCAGGUAGGAAGACGAUCGAUCUGGUAUCUGCUGAAAUGAUGAAAAUCAUUUUACGAUUACCUCUAUCGGACCAAGUUAGAUUGGGUAUACGCCAUUCGAUGAUACGGAACGACUCAUCGUCGAUGAGAAGUAAAAGAAUGAGAAUGGGAUUGAAAUUGCAUGAAUGGGAUUUAAUCACCGAGACAGUUCAUGAUAUACGUAUUAGAGAGAACCCAACGGGGAUGGAGAUCGGGACGGAUAAGGAGAUGAUCUGGUUACCACUUUCAAUGCCUAUCGGUAGAAUACGUCAAGAUUCCAAUUCCAGUUCGAGUUCCAAUUCGAAAGACAACGAUCAGAUGGUGAUCACUUCAACCAUCGCCACCAGCAAGGGUAUUGAGAAUGUAGAGAAGCAGAGUUUACCUGAGAAAGUGUUAGAUCCUUUGAUGAUCCUGUUGGAAAGGUUGAUCAUCCUACUUCAUCGUAACACAUCGUGCUCAGCGGGUAUUGCGGAUGAAAAGAGGAAGAAGAUAAAACUGAAGGACGAAGAGAUAUUGGAGGAGAUGAUGAGUGAAAUACAUGGCGAAAUGGUUUCAAAAAGGUAA